GGGGGGCUCUCGACUAGAGAGAGAGGGCCAGAGAGGGACGGAGGGAAAGAGGUACUCAGACAAAUCACACGACCCGUUUCCUACAUCUUUGCCUUUCUAUGUUGGACAUCCAUCGUUUAUUCUUGAGCAUUGGGUUGAAAGACUAGUCGAAAUUUUCACUAGCGCGGAACAAAACUAUUUUGGAAAUUGAAUCUAUUAACAGGAAUCGACAUGUCAGAGUCCAUUGUUCCCCCUGAAGUGAGACCCAAACCUGCUGUCCCUGCCAAGCCCCCUCAUGUGGCAGCACCAUCCCCCACAGCACCCCAUGGACCAUCAGGGCUAGGUGGCGGGGUCGGGGUUGAUCGAGUUCCAGGGUUGGGACACUCUGGCAGUGGAUCCACGUUGCUGGGAUACAUUGGGAUUGACACCAUCAUCGAGCAGAUGAGGAAGAAGACCAUGAAGGCUGGUUUCGACUUCAAUAUUAUGAUAGUGGGUCACAGCGGGCUGGGGAAGUCAACGCUGGUGAACACGCUGUUCAAGUCCCAGGUCAGCAGGUGGAGCUCAGGAUGGGGCGGCGAGCAUAAGAUCCCCAAGACAGUGGAGAUCAAGGCUGUGUCCCACGUGAUCGAGGAGGGCGGAGUGAAGAUGAAGUUGACAGUAAUCGACACACCGGGUUUUGGUGAUCAGAUCAACAAUGAAAACUGCUGGGAUCCCAUCUCCAAGUACAUCAACGAGCAAUAUGAGAAGUUCCUGAAGGAAGAGGUCAAUAUUGCCCGAAAGAAGCGAAUCCCUGACACCAGAGUUCACUGCUGCCUCUACUUUAUCUCCCCAACUGGACACUCUCUUCGACAGCUAGACAUUGAGUUUAUGAAGCACCUAAGUCGUGUGGUGAACAUCAUCCCCGUCAUUGCCAAGUCUGACACCAUGACCCCUGACGAGAAGAAUGAGUUCAAACACAGGGUGAGGAAGGAGCUGGAGACGCAUGGGAUUGAGUACUACCCGCAGAAUGAGUUUGAUGAUGAUAUGGAGGAUAAGAAUGAAAAUGACAAGAUUAGGGAGGCCAUGCCCUUUGCAGUGGUGGGCAGCGACAAGGAGUUCCAAGUGAACGGCAAACGGGUUCUGGGGAGGAAGACAGCCUGGGGUGUGGUAGAAGUUGAAAAUCCCAAUCACUGCGAAUUUGCUCUGCUACGAGAUUUCCUCAUCAGGUCUCACCUCCAGGACCUGAAGGAAGUCACCCACAACAUCCACUAUGAAACCUACCGUGCCAGGAGACUCAACGACAACGGAGGUCUGCACCCCAUCUCGGCCAACAACACUCAAGAGAGCAACCUUUAAAUUUAGGACUAGGGAUUAAGGAAAGAGAGAGAUAAACAGAGAGAUCAAAAGAUAUUGAUAGACAAUUCUAUGUUGUGAUAUGAGCAUCACUGCAUGCUUUGGAGAACAUUAUAGAUGUGGAAUUCAUUGUCAAAAUAUCAUGUUAGGAGAGCUUUCAUUCCAAAACACGUCCUACGUCUCCCUUUCCUCCGCCCAUCGUCCUAAACCACCCACACUCACAUCCCAGUUACACCUGGGGUUAACCUUUGAUCCUGCAAUCCAAAACAAGGCCAACCCCAGUGUUUCCCCCGAAUGCAUUUUGCAACGGCGCAAUAAAUAGUGACCGCCACUGCAAAUGUAUUUAGUUAUUUUUGUUAUAAUGUAGAUUUGUAGAUGUAUGCCCCAGGAAGAACCCAUCCGCCGCCCCCCGCAGGAAGACCCCAUCUGCCACCCCCAGCUACAUCUGCAACCCAAUGCAUUUUGGGAUUGAAGGGAAUGAAUCAAAUGAAGUACUUCAAAUUCGAUGGAAUUCCCUUUAUUCAUAAAAAAAUUAUUUCCUUUUUCCGCUCACCUUGUGCUCUACUCAUCCUUGCCCUGUAAGUAUACAGUAUGUUAUGUAGCUGCCACCAUAAAAAUAGAUUUUGAGCUGAAAUACUUUAUGAUGGGGCUGGUAAAUGAGCACCUCAACUUCCACGAAAGCAAUGUAACGUAUAUUUAAAUUGACAAAGGGCUUUAUUUAUUUACAAUAUAGCUAUUUUGUCACUUUUGUACAAAAUAUAGAAAUCACAGUCUGAAAUUCACAGUAUUUGCCAUUCACAACUUUUGUGGGCUUUUUUGAAUGCUCUGAUGUCAAAGUGACGUGCCAAUUCCCUUUAAUGCUUUAAUGCCGGCUUUCCUUCUCUCUGCCACACGAGGGCAGCGCUUCCCUGCGCAUACUCACCCUGUGACCGGAAAUGGUUUACUCAUAGACUUAGAUAGAUGUCUCUUUUUAGUCCUGUAUCUAUCUCUAUAGUUUACUUCCCUCCCUCCUAUUCACUCCCUCCACUUCAUCUGGUGACCCAUGCCUAGUACAUGUUUACAACAAAUCCUCCAUUACCAGAGUAAUCAUUCCAAAUCGAUCAGUUAUGACAUGGUAAUGUUUACCAAGGUUUCUUAUGGAAAUCGCCCUUCGAUAGAGCACAGGUAUUCCAGAAGUAGCCUACAAGCAAUUAAGUUUCACUAUAUUUAUCAAACAAUUCACUUUUGACCUAAACUGUAUCCUGAAAGGGGUUUCCCUGCUAAAUUUUUAUACAAUCAUACAGCGUGUGUGUGUUUGUAUGUGUGUGUGAGUGAGAAGUGACUCAAUUUGGUGUCUAACGUCUGGAAAUGUGUAGUUGUAUAUCAUUAGUGUGGUAUUAGUGAAGACCUUUUUUCAAGGAACAAUUUAAAUAAUACAAAAAAACUAUUCUCACUCUUGUUUCCAUACAAUGUUUUUAUGUGUGCAUGUCAGGAAACGUCUCUCCUAGUCCUUCUGUCAUUUUCAUUUAAGGAUAUCCCCAGCUCGCAUAUCAAUGCACAGUCAUUUCAAUACAUUAACCAUUUUUGAACGUGGUGUGUACAUCAACCAACCGCGAAUAACAAUGCAUCACUAAAACUCCAGUAACUCAAAUCAUUCCACAUCUCUUAAAAACAGCAGUGAAACCUUUGGCUGUGAAUUUCCUGUUAUCGUUUCAUUUAAAAGCCAUUUUUCUUCAAAGUUGUUCUGAUAUGCUGAGAUGUCAUUUCAGUAUUGCAUUCAUUAUUUAUAUAUUCAUGUAUUAUUUAUAGUAAUUUAUUGUUUAUUUAAUAAAAAAUACUUUUGCCAUCUCUUGA